ACGUUGUGUUUCUGCUGAAGACCUGAUCUGAGUGCCAUUGAUCCGCACGUCACCGCACACACGGCACUCUCGGUCAUUAUAAUCGACUCGAUUUGAGCUCAGUGAGGAUCAACACUGGACACUAUGGUGCUGCCAGCCGAGCUGUCCGCUCGGUGCGGUCGCGGCGUGGUCGUCAUGGUCCCGCUCGACCAGGACACCGAGGCGGCCGCAGCGCCCCGCCGACGGCUGCUGUGGACCGCCAUCCGGCCGGCGCUCGUCACCGCGCAGAUCUGCUCCCUGGGCGUCUUCAGUCUGGCGUCGACGGCAACCAGGCUGGCGUCGUGGCACACGGCGUAUGCCGUGCUCUUCUCUGCCUUCACCAUCUGCGUAGGGGCCAGCUUCUCCGUGCACUUCUACCAAACUACCUACAGAAGGAGGAACCGCUUCAAGUUCAUUAGUAAAAAACAAACAGUGACUGGCUCUUCUUUCUUCUAAUCCAUAUUCUCGUCGAAUUUAGAGAAAAUUUCUUGUACAUGCUGCUUUCUUUGCGCGUACCAGAUAGUACACUAUUCACUAUUAUGUCUACGCAGUGCAUAUUAUGGCAACUUGCUCUUGGUUCCUUGUUUUCCUUUGACCCCCGAUGUCCUCAGCGGCGGUGCCCACCAUCCUGGAGAGCUUGGCGCUGGUGCUGCUGUGGGUGCGGGUCGGCGGCCGCUGGCCGGGGCUGUGGGCGCGCGUGGACGCCCUGGAGGACCGGCUGUGGGCUCGCGAGGUGCACCGCCUGCCGGGGCUGCGCCGGCGCACCCGCGCCGUCUCCUGCGUCUUCGCCCUCGUCACCGGCCUACAACAACCCGUCCUCACUUGGCGUAGGAUGCCAGUGCGGAACCUGUACGAAGGCUUUUUGUUGAUCAUGAGCCUGAGCUCCACGGGGGUGUACGAAUUAAACGCCAUGCUCCUCAUCGUCCUGAGCGACGUGCAGGCAGAGUGCUUCCGCGGGCUCUCGGCCGUGCUGCGAAGCACUGCCAAGCAGGGUGGUAACCAGCUCCCGUCGGAGGCGGUGGAGGGCGUGCGAGUCUUGUACAACGAGGUGUGCCGGCUGACGCUGGCUCUGGACGCCAGCCUGGGCCCCAUAUUGCUCGUGACCAUAUUCGCGGACGGCUUGUACGUUUGCCGGUUCAUCCUCUUGUUUCUGACGGGCUCCAUCCCGAGCUGGUACGCGUGCGUGAGGGUGACCAUCACCGUCUUCAGGUUCGUCUACACGAUACUCGCCGCCUCCUCGGUGCACACCGAGUGGCAGGCUACAAGGUCAUGCCUGCUCAGAGUGGCGCCGUGCAGGGGCGGAAAGGAGGUCGGGCGCAUCUUUAUGCAGAUCGGCACUGACCGCGUUGCACUGACAGCUCUUGGAAUUAUGCCGAUAACAAAAUCACUUUUGCCUGCGGUGUUUGGCGCAAUACUUUCCUAUGAGAUCAUCUUCGUGCAAUUCAAUCUGCAGACGAUUGGCCGUGCAUUUAGUAAUAGCACUGCAUCCAGCUGAGAAUUUUCGUCUGCUCUUCCUGUACCGAAAAGAAUGUGACACGUUUCACAAGUAAAAUAAUGUGACGUCACAUGAAUUGAUUAACAGUGUACGUAUUCUUUAUAUUUAAUGGAGGCAUCAUCUGCUAUAAAUAAAUCCUCAAUCACGUUACAGCGCGUUAUUUGUACGUAACGUUAGGGCUGGUAA